UCGAUGGUCAUGGUAGCAGCAUCAUCUCUUCACGCUCACAAAGUUCUCUCUUCAUGCAACCAAAUUUCACCUUCCUUUCUUCAUUUCAGUCAACGCUACAACAACCCAAUAAGCCAACAACCACAACAAAGGCGAAGACAUUCAAGCUCCUUCAAUGGCGCCUACAGCUAUGUUAUCAAAGCUUACAUGGAGAACCCAAACUCCAUCUCCGGUUUCGCUAACAAAGUCAUCGGUUCUCUCCCUAUAAUCGGGCUUGUCGCCAGGAUUUUCAGCGAUGAAGGUGGUGUUGGUGGAGAUAUCAUUGAUUUUGCUGAAUUUAGAAGAAGGGUCGGCAAGAAAUGUACCGUUACUGAUUCCAGAGCCUUUUAUGAGUUCCAACAGAGGAGAGGCCGGGCAGGGGAUCCUCUGUAUGUUCUGCUAUGUUGUUGGCUAGCAGCUGUGGGUGCUGGUCUUCUUAAAUCCGAGGAGAUAUUGGAGGGUGUGGCAAGGCUUCGGAUUUCGAAUGAUAUCGAAUUUGAAGAGCAGAAUUUUAUUGCAAUGAUGAAUGAAGCAAGAGAGAGAAGAGCGAAGUUGAAUGCUGGUGCCCCAAAUCUUCCCAUGGUGAUUCGAGCUGAAAAGGCCGUCGAUGCGAUUUAUGUCUGUUGCUUCGGGAGAGAUCCGAUCGAAGAGGAAGAGGAGAGCUUGCUUGACAUCAUGCUAAGAGCAGUUUUCCCAACCGUUGAGCAAUCAACGAUUCAAAAAAUCAUCAAGGAGAAGGCAAUCAAAGUAGCAGAAGGUGGUGAUGAUGCAGACAUUGUUCCGGAACCAAAGCCAUUGUCAAAGGAAGCUGUACAAAUGCAAAUGAAAGACCUUGAAUUCCUUAAACAAAACAAGGAGACGUGAAACAACUGAAACUUGGAUGAUGCAAGAAACUGAAGGUAAGAAAAUGGCUUACUGAUAUCGAAAUCAUCGAUCACUUCCAUCAAGAAAUGGAUCCUCCAUGUUCAGAUCGCUCUCGGUUGCAGAUAAAUCACGGAGUUUUAAACCAGCCUUCCAUUUUCCCAUUUUCUCUGUUUAUGCAUCUUGUUGUUUCUUGUAGUUUGGA